CCACUGCAAACAACCCGUCAAUGAUUAAUAAGUCCCUGGAAACGAACCUUGGCGACUCGGAGGAGUCAAAGGUGGGCCCAGCGGCGCCAUUAUUUUUCAAGCCGGGGUGAGGAAGAUGGCAUGGGGCAGGCAGAGGGAGGACAAGGCCCCCACCUGGCUGAGGUGCCCAGAUCUUUGAAAGGAGGACGGGGCCACAGAGAAGACAGGACCCGUGGGGAAACCUCUCUCCAUUCGACCCACCAAGUGUGGAGGACACCAACAUGGAUGGAGAAGAACCCCGUCCGAGCCCAUCUCCAGAUCACCCAAGGGAUGUUGAAAGAGGAGGAGAGGCCCAGCCUUCUCCAGGAAGUGCAACCCCUGGCAAAUUCACAAGGGAGCAGAAGGACCCAUCCCAGCCCAACCAACAAGCAGGAUCAGAUCAUCUCCAGAACAUGGGGACCAUCAAUCUGGGCUUCGUAGAAGAACCUCCACCGUACGCUCCACCGGAUCCUAAAGACAUUCACUUGUAUCCACCGUUCCAAGCUGACCUUCCACCACGGAGUUACAUCUUUUACCAGCCAACAGCUCCACGCCAGGCCCUAAGCCAACCACCGAACGUAUUAUCCAGCCCUUAUCCUUUCACCAUUUACCAGAGUGCCUGGCCUGGAGAGACCCCCCAAGUUGGUGACCAGAGGCUGCCACCCAAGGAUUAUAUGGUGGAAUCCGUGCUGGUGACAAUUUUCUGCUGCUUGUUCACAGGACUGAUAGCACUUGUGUAUUCCCAUGAGACCCGGGCCGCUCUGAAACGCGGUGACCUCAUCCAAGCCGCGGUGGCCUCCCGCAAAGCUCGCGCACUCGUCUUGUUCAGCCUCUUCUUCGGCGUCUUUGUGUCCAUCGGCUGGAUUGUCUACGUGGUGGUGACCCUGUAUCUAUGACCCAAGGGGGUUGGGAUGGACCUUAAGAGUUUCCUACAAAGUUGUGGCGUGGAGUCUUUGCCAUUUUCAGCCAGCUUGGGGACCAGUUUCUCACGAUGACGCUUCUUUCUCUUCUCCAAAACCAACCACGUCAACACCUUGCAAGAACGAUUGUCCUAAAAAAAAGUGAUGAGACACACACCCUACUCUAGCCAUUUCAUUUUCUUUUUCUAUUCUACUCUACUCUAUCCAUUUCAUAUUCUAUUUCUAUUUCUAUUCUAUUCUAUCCAUUUCAUAUUCUAUUUCAAUUCUAUUCUAAUUUCUUAUUCUAUUCUAUUCUAUUCUAUUCUAAUUCUAAUUCUAUUCUAAUUCUAUUCCAUUCCAUUCCAUUCCAUGGACUUACCGAGGCUAACUUAAUUGCUAUUUCAUUGGUCUUAUUUCAAGAAAUACAAGAACAGUCUGGUCCAAGAAGUGUUUAAGGAAAAUUCCAGAUAACCUCCUUGGAAAAGCUACACAGGUUAUCCCUGGGGCAGGUCAGGAGGGUGAAUGUUGAUCCAUGGGUUCUUCAAACCCUGAGAUCCAAUCAGGGGCCUGGCAAUGUGAAGACAUCAGCAAUUCUAUACCAACUUUUAUUUAGGACGCUUAAUUUAGGAACAAUAAAUGCUUGAAGGAUCUUUG